AUGGCCACAUUUCUGCCCCGAGAGUACGAAUACAAUUCCUCUGGGUCCUCGACUCGACACUCAACAAGCGACAUAUUCGGCCACGAAAUGGACGAAGAACUUGAGCAACUGAAGUCGCGUGCAUCAAGUCGAUCGUCUAUCUCCUCUAUGCCAGCGUCGGUUCUCGUACAUCCCAUCAAUCAAAUGAAGUCCAUGCCACCAAUGAAUCUCCAUGAGAAAAUGGUUGGGUAUACUAUUGAGGAAUCGGAAGCUAGUUUCGGUGACUUCGACGAUCCGCCUAGAUCUAUGCGCACAAUUCGACCACGAGAAGCCGCCUUUCGAAAGCCCAGCUCCGUUCGGGCAAUGCAAAUGCACACGGAAGAUGAAUGCGAUGAUGAUGAAUAUUUGACACCACCGAGACGUCGAGCGGGUAUGCGGUCGCCGGGAUCCUCGUCCUUGAAACGAUCACCAUACUACUCGCCGAAUGCCUCACCGAAUAAAUCCAAAGUCAAGAAGGAAUACCCACUUGUCCUACUACAUUGCAACCUACUUGAACCCUCGCUCCCAGUAUCCGGUGCUUCAGAGCCACAAAACCAAGAUAUCGUGGAGGAAGUUCUACCACCCCACUACUGGAAGCGAUGGCGAAGACUCCAAGAUAAGGCGGGCUCCGGCGUUCUUCGCGACCGAGGUGUUUUGAUUUCGCAUCCGGGAGAUCUAUAUGAUAUGCUGGAAGAACGACUCCUGGAGAGUCUAGAGCUUCAGCGACCGCGGGUUCAUCAUGGUCAUUUUCUAGGACACCAGGAAGGUGCCCCUGAAUCCGGGGAUGAGGUUUCCGAUCAAGGCGAGAGUGAAACGGAUGGUGAGCAAGGUGAAGAGUGUCCAGACUGUGGUGGGCGAGUACUUCAUCAGAGUGACACGAAUCGGAAGUGGGAGAUCAGGGUAUUUGCAGCUAAUGGUCUCAUGCGUGCCGGUGCAUGGGCUGCUGCAUGGAAAGAGAUGGAAAAGGUUGACGUCGAGGUUGGACUUUGGUUACCUUCUGAGGUUCGACGUGCAUUAGAGAAACGAAUUGCAGAGGAGCGUUCUCCUGUAUUGAAAGAAGAGGCCCACUCUUCUCUGAUCGAAGGAAACAACGCAAAGGAGAUCAAUCGCCAGGAGCCGUCGAGUCAAGAGCGCAUUGAGUCCUUCAUGCAGGCUGAAAAUACGCAAGCCAGGGAAUCUCCCGUGAUGACCACGGCCGCUACCACAUCCUCAGAGACCAAGCGCCAAGAUCCAGAACAGCAGAUUGCCCUGGGUACUCUGAUGCUCAACUAUAUUCGUGUGCUAGCUGGCGACAAGCGCAAUAUCGCAUUGGUUGUUAUGACUAUUCUGGUCGGGUUUCUUGCUACUAGAUUUCACACGCAGCAACAACUCCAACCUAUCGUUCAAUAUUCUCCUCUCCAUGCAGAACAGCCAUCUGUAACUCCCAGAGUGGGCUUGAGUGUUUCGAGUAUCAGGGUUAAGUCAGUGGAAAUCCAACCCUCUGCUGUGCCUGAUGAGACCCUCGAUUCUACAAGCGUUGCCCCCACCUCUACGACAGUCCCGGUGCCAGCUCCAGUCUCAGUGCACUCUUCUGUCGUCAAAGACGUUGCGCAAACAGCAGAAUUUGUCGAGCCUCCUCACGAAACGACUGAUCCUCAGGCGAUGGAGCACUCUUCAGAAUCCGCUGAUCUGAGUCUCGAGACACCGAUCCCCGAGGUCGCCACAGAGUCCGAGCCUGAAGCCAUAGAGGAAGAAUCACACAAUGCAGCGGAGAUUGAAGUUGAAGCUGGGACCCCUUCUUCAUCUGAGCAGCCAACAGAAGUGCCCAAGCACAUACCUACCGAGGAACCGGACGAGGAAUCCGCCGAUGAAUCCUUUGGCGAACCCAUUGAUAACAUAAGCGAAGAGCCCAUUGACGAGCUUGUUCAAGCCCCUAUUGACCAACAUCUGGAGGGACCAAUUGAAGAUGCCAUUGACGCACCCAUUGAAGCUCCUAACGAGGAGCCUGUCCAAUCCGAGCCAAGUGAUUAA